GUAUUGUUAAGUUCAUGUUCAUUGUUUGGUCACAUUAGUAAAACAUUCUGAAAAGAUAAACAAAAAAAUAUUUUUCUAGAAUAUAUUACCACAUAGUCUUGGUGUUGGAAGUGGUCUAAUAAACCGUUUUAUUAAUGUAAAAAUUAUUUUUUGUAAUAUAAUAACAAUAAAAAGUAUGUGCACAAAUUAGAUAUUUUUCUUAAAUUUAUGAAAGUAAUAACCUAAUAAAUAAUCGGUGCAUAUUUCCGCGCUUACGAACAUACAUUUGAACAUAAGUAUGUGUACAAAAUUUAGGCUGGGUUGAUGUAAUGAUAAUAAACUAAUAAAAAUAAUCACGUAAAACACGUGCCUGCGUGCAUACGAAAAUUUACUAUCUUAUGACCUGCAAAGUUUAAAAGUAUAUGUCUAAAAUCGCUAGUAACAUGGCCUUCGAACGUUAUGGAAUUCUUGUUCAAAAUGAACACUACGAGGAUGAUAUGAACUUUCAAGAUCAUAAACAAAAAAAUAUUUCGGAAAUACCAAAGGUUCGUUUUUCAGAUGAUAAUACUGCCAGCCCCAUCGAAAGUUCUUGCAGAAAUAAUAGUUUGGAUUUAUUAAUUCAAUCUGAGAAUAAUUUUGGUAUUAACAUGAAUUAUAAUUUGAAUUCCAAUCAACUACUAAAAUCAUCGGAAAGUUUUAAAUCCAAAUCAAAAAAAAAUGUUGCAUAUGAAAUGGAUAUUAAAGGUUAUAAACCCAACUCUUCGGAAAAACAAAAAAAUUGUAAAGCUGAGGUAAAUCCGUUACCUAUGAAUCCUGAAGAUAAUUCAACUUUAUUAGCCUCUGAAUCAUCAAUUUCAAUUCUAUCUGGAAAAUCAAGACGCUGGGAACAAAAACAGGUUCAAAUAAAAACAAUGGAGGGAGAGUUUAGUGUAACAAUGUGGGCCUCUGGAACAUCCGACGAUGAAUAUUCCGGGGCUGAUCUAAACAUUUGCGAUUCUGAAGUAUUGAAAGAAAAUAAUGUUUAUUUGGAUGCAACUAUGGUACAAAAACGAAAAGACAGUAUUCACGUACAAUCCUUUUUGCAGAAAGAGGUUUUUUUACCUGAAUCCCAUAAAUUAGAAUUACAGACAAAAUUUGACGAGCUUCCAAUAAUAGAACAACAAAAAGAACUACAGAAAGGCGGAAGUCAAACCAAUAAUAUGAAGUCGAAUAUAAAUACCAAUUCAGCAAAUAUUUGCGAAGAUAAAGAAGCGAUUUCGUCGGAAAGUCAUAUAAUUUUAAAAAGUGAUAAUGGAUGUGAUGCGCGUACGUCAAUCAGAACCUUGGCAUUUGGACUUGAUAUACAGGAAAGGAUAAUAACAAAUAGUUUAGCGUCCCCAUAUAGUGAAAAUAUAGGUUCACCAGUAACGUCAGCUGAUCUAAAUUAUAAUCUAACACAAGUUCUACCAUCCAACCCGAAUGAUAAAAAAAUAGCUUGCCCACAUAAAGGUUGUCACAAAAAUUUUAGAGAUUCUUCGGCAGUACGAAAACAUUUACACACCCAUGGCCCUCGGGUGCAUGUGUGUGCUGAAUGUGGAAAAGCUUUCGUAGAAAGUUCCAAAUUAAAAAGGCAUCAGUUAGUUCACACCGGAGAAAAGCCAUUUCAAUGUACCUUUGAGGGAUGUGGCAAAAGGUUUUCACUUGAUUUUAAUUUGAGAACACAUGUACGAAUUCACACUGGAGACAGGCCUUUUGUUUGUCCCUUUGAUGCCUGCAACAAAAAAUUUGCUCAAUCCACAAAUUUAAAAUCACACAUUUUAACUCAUGCAAAAGCAAAAAGGAAUUCGACUUCAAAUGCCAGUUCACGUCAAGAUGUCACUUCUUCUAUGGACUCAAGUGAAGAAAAUUUUAUUAAAAUGGAGUUACAUAACAAUAUUAUGAAUAAUCAUGUCCCUUAUGUUGUAUAUGCGGACUAAAUUUAUUGGGAUUCCCAAUAUGGUGACAUCAAUUGGGGAUCCCCAGCAGAUAAGCUAUCGAUUAAAAAAUAUAUGUUUUAGUUUUAUCAAAAAUCUGAUAAAAAUGUAAAAACUUUAUUGUAAUUAAUAAAUCUGAAACGAAUUAAGAUGUAAA